UUAUACGUUUUCCCUCUCUCACUCUCCUGCGGGACUCUGGAGCCUCACUGGUCACCCACUUGCCCCCACAAGAAGACCUUUCACCGUCUCCGAGAAGAAGGAACAAAAAGAGGAUAUAAAGAAGAAUACCAGCGACAAUGCAAGCGCCUGGGAAGCAGACCCACUCGGGUCAACCUUGCGACACAUGUGGUGGAAUGGGUGGUGUUGGUUUUCAAGAAUUGAUAGCUAUUUGCACUAGAUGCUGUACAGCUCGCGAACAUGUUUAUUGUAUGCGGAGUCAUUUAUAUGUGGUACCAGAAGAUUGGGUUUGUGAAUCAUGUCUGUCAAGCGACUUGGUUUUGUCAGAAGCUAGAGGUAUGGAAGACGUGGUUGGAACUGCAUUGGAUUCCUCUAACAUAGUCUGCCAGGAAAAUACCCAUACGGCAGGCCCCAGCUCCUUGAACCGGGCUUAUUCUAAAAGGCAAAAACCUGUUGAAACUGGCAAAGUGAAGUUCCUUCCCACGGAAGAAGUCCUUAAGCUAUCAUCAUCAACCCCUAAAAAAGUAACUUUUGUUCGGUCUAAUUCUGGUUCGAAACCUUGUCCAUCCAUGGCAUCGUCGCGGGAUACUCAAGUUGGAUGCACAGCUGCCACUCCGAAGUUUCCUACUUCAAGCGUGAAUGCAACUCAUUGUCUUGGACCUUCAGGACUUGUGAAGCCUCCCAGGCGUGGCAGUGUGCGAUCAAGGACUAAUCAAGAAGCACUUCAAGCACCAAAAAACAUAAAAGAACCAAAAGCGGCUGUCACUUUUAGAAAGGAAUAUUGUCGCAAUGAAGAAUCGGUAAAUUCCCUUCUUGCUAAAGUAAAUGAAACUUACAGAACCAAUGCGGAGAAGGCUACAAAUAAAGCAUCCUGUCUAGCUUUGUCAAAAAAAGGUCUGCCUAUUACGGAAAAAAGGGAAAAAAGGCCUCUAGCACUUGCCUCAGAGGAGCUUGUUUGUGCGAAACCACUGAUGGAUGCUCUUGCUCCUACCAAAGAGCUUGAAAGUUCUCAUACGAACAUAGAGAAGGCUAUCAAGAAAGCACGUACACAUUCACCAUCAAGGCGUUCCUCACCUGUUGCUAGUUCAGCUUUGGAGGUAUUUUCUGGAAUAGAGCCAAUGGAUCUCCCAAUUGCUAAAGAACAUGAAACUUUUACCAUGAAGACAGAGGACAUUAUGAACAAAGCAUUAUGCCCAUCUUCACCACCGAUGCAUACUUCAACAACUGUCAUUUCAGACGGUAACUUUCGAGGUGUUGCUGAAUGUAAUAACUCUGAUGUUGAAGAAAGAGAUUUACAUAAUGUUCUACCCAAAUUCAAGCUAUAUCAUGAUUAUCUCCCUGCUCUGCAUGCUACUUGGGGGGGUGGCUUUGUUUUCACUGCUGCGCCAUUUAAAUUUUAUGGCUGGUUCCAGGCUCAACCUCCAUGCACCAUCAAUCGUAAAGCCUUCGAGUUUUCAAAAAGAAUGCCUUCAGCCCUUCAGGUUAUGUUUGUUCCUCGGUGCCAAGUAUGGGCAGAUCUAUUCCAAAACAGUUGUCCCCAUCUUAGUGAUGUCGCUCUAUAUUUUUUCCCUGCUGAUAAUAUUGAAAGGUCCAAAGAAAACAUGUCCUGCCUGUUUGAGCUGAUGGAGGUCCAUGACUCAAUGAUGAGAAGCUGCAUUGAUGGUGUGGAAUUGCUGAUAUUUACUUCAAACCAGCUGCAUUUGGGCUCACAGAAGUUUUUCUGGGCUGUCUUUCAUCCUGUAAAAAAUAAUCACACAUUUGACAAGAUAGACAAGGAACAAAGUCUACCAAUUGAUCCUUUGGAAUGUGGGACCAAUGAUAACAUGGAGAUGGAUAGUUCUGAGGAAGUUAGUAUGGAGAUUGAUAUGGUUGGUGGAGAGAAUGUGGGUAGAGUCGAUGUGGCUAUUUCAAGAGAUGCAUUAAGCAGACUUUCUGGAAUCCACUUGCAAAGUUCAAUGGAAAAGCACUUCAAUGAGACAGCUUAAACGUAAAAAGUUAAGAGCUGGCAAUAGUGAUAAGAAACCACUUGAGACAGCAGAAAAUAUUGGGAAGGUAUUCCAUACCUUAGUUGGUGUGGUACCUGCUAGAGUUGCAGACAUGCUUAGCUUUUCCCGAAGAUAUCAAAGUUGAAGUUCUGAAGUUCUAAUGCCAUUCGUUCAGAUUCAGCCAUAUAAACUGGGUACAUUUACUCCUACAGAUAGCAAUUUUGUUCGGGCUUUUGACUCCACAGAACGACCUUGUCAGGCCUCAUCCAUGCCCAAGAAAUGAAUGCAGUUUGUCAGGAAACGUACAGACAAGUACAGAUUACAAAUGUACAGUCAGACGAGCGGUCUGUUGCAUUUUGUUUGCCCUUGUGUACAACUUCAGCUGUUCACAAAUUGAAAUGAAAACUAUGUAAAGAUCCAAUUUCCUGUGCAGUUUUAGUAAAUAAUUGUUGUCAAUUCUGUUA